GGGCUGCUGCUCCUGCCGCUGCUGCUGAACUUCUGCUGCCCCUACUUCUUCCAGGACAUGGGCUACUUCCUGCGGGUGGCCGGCGUGGCGCGCCGGGUGCGCAGCUACGGGCACCGGCGGCCGGUGCGCACCCUGCUGCGGCUCUUCCUGGAGCGAGCGCGCCGGAGCCCGCACAAGCCCUUUCUGCUCUUCGGCGACGAGACGCUCACCUACGCGCAGGUGGACCGGCGCAGCAACCAGGUGGCCCGGGCGCUGCGCGACCACCUGGGCCUGCGCCAGGGGGACUGCGUGGCGCUCUUUAUGGGCAACGAGCCCGCCUACGUGUGGCUGUGGCUGGGACUGGCCAAGCUGGGCUGUGCCAUGGCGUGCCUCAACUACCACAUCCGCGCGAAGUCCCUGUUGCACUGUUUCCAGUGCUGCGGAGCGAAGGUGCUGCUGGCCGCGCCAGAGCUGCAAGCAGCUGUUGAAGAGGUGCUGCCGAGUCUGAAAAAGGAUGACGUGUCCAUCUUUUAUGUGAGCAGAACUUCUAACACGGACGGGGUUGGCUCUUUCCUGGACAAAGUGGACGAGGUGUCAACUGAACCUAUCCCGGAGUCGUGGAGGUCUGAAGUUACUUUGGCCACUCCUGCCUUAUACAUUUAUACGUCUGGAACCACAGGUCUCCCCAAAGCAGCGGUCAUCAACCAUCAGCGCCUCUGGUAUGGAACUGGGCUUGCUACAGCAAGCGGGGUUAGGGAAGAUGAUGUCAUCUAUACCACUCUGCCCUUGUACCACAGUGCUGCAAUGAUGAUUGGAGUACACGGCUGUAUCCUGAAAGGUGCUACUCUGGCUUUACGGACCAAAUUUUCAGCCAGCCAGUUUUGGGAUGACUGCCGAAAAUACAACGUCACUGUCAUUCAGUACAUCGGUGAACUGCUUCGGUAUUUAUGCAACUCACCCCAGAAACCCAACGACCGCGAUCAUAAAGUGAGAGUGGCGAUGGGAAACGGCUUGCGGGGAGACGUGUGGAGAGAAUUCAUCAACAGAUUUGGGGACAUCCACAUCUAUGAGUUCUACGCUGCCACUGAGGGAAACAUUGGCUUUGUGAAUUAUACCAGAAAAGUUGGUGCUGUCGGCAGAGUUAACUACCUUCAGAGAAAAAUCGUGUCUUAUGAGCUGAUCAAAUACGACGUGGAGAAAGAUGAACCCGUCCGAGAUGUCAAUGGCUAUUGCAUCAAAGUUCCCAAAGGUGAAGUUGGACUCCUCAUUUGCAGAAUCUCACAGCUGACACCAUUUAGUGGCUAUGCUGGAGGAAAGGCUCAGACUGAGAAGAAAAAACUGAGAGAUGUCUUCAGGAAAGGAGACCUGUACUUCAACAGUGGGGAUCUCCUUAUGAUUGACCAUGAAAACUUCAUCUACUUCCACGACAGAGUGGGAGAUACAUUCCGGUGGAAAGGGGAAAACGUGGCCACGACGGAAGUCGCUGACAUCCUAGGACUGAUUGAUUUUGUCCAAGAAGUGAAUGUUUAUGGAGUGCCUGUGCCAGGUAGGCACAAAAUGAGAGUUGCUCUGCUCAUGCCCCGCGCCCCAGACUCUAAUCUCUUUGCCAAAUACUACAAACCAUGUGGCUCGUUGGAUGUUUUUCAGGACACCAUUGAGAUCACGGGAACAUUCAAGCAUCGCAAAGUGAACCUUGUGGAGGAGGGCUUCAACCCGACCGUCAUCAAGGAUUCUCUGUAUUUCUUGGAUGACCAAGCGAAAACGUAUGUGCCUAUGACUGAGGACAUUUAUAAUGCCAUAAACGGCAAAACUCUGAAACUCUGAACUGCCCCAGGAGGACAACUCAUGAUGUCCCGAGAGAGAAACCGAAGGGGCCUAGCACAACCACUUGAUAGAAUCCAACUUAAAUUUGAUUGAAGAUUGUGAAGUACAAUUUUUUUUGUAGGAAAAUUAGGCCUACUGAUUUUUUAAUGACCCCUGAACCCUUGUGAGAGAAAAGAAUUAGAAUUAUUUUUCAACACAGCCUACUGUUUGUGUUUUCCUGCUGAGCUUGUUUGGGGGGAGGGCGUUAUUUUUUUUAAACACACAAUAAAAUAGAUGACUACCAGCACAUGA